GUUAAUGUCAACAUUGGGGAGGGCGAGUACCGGAGGAGCCAUCACAAGAGGUACACUAGUUUGCUCUCGCCCUUAAAUCAACAGCGCUGGCCUCGUAUCCUACUCACAGGCCUCUCAAAUAGCGUGGAGAAGGGGUGAUAUAAAGUGUGAGAGAGUUGUGUUGCAGCCGCUAGCAGCAUGAGUGCCACUUCCGAGGGUGGCCGUCAUGAUGCUGCCCUCGCUGACAUACUACUACAGGAAGGCAAUUCACUUCCAGCUUUCUUAAAUGCUGUCUUUGGGUUUUUAUCACGACGUUGUCCAGAAGAGAUAUACAACAGUACUCACAUCUCUGGGGAACACCUCAUCAGUCAGUCAUACUGUAAGUGGCGGCAAAAGUACUUGGACGAAAAAGCAUUGCAACUGUUGUCACAGGAACAGUGUUAUAGUGAGGAAGAUGUGCCUCCGACUGUUGCUGAAGAAGUUGUUAUAUCUCAGAAUAGACUAAAUGGUGGAGUCACACCUGAAGCAGAUGAUAACCUGGCUCCUGCAUCUGGUGGUACACCUGCAGUAAGAACUCCAAAUUUUUCUGGCAGAAAAUGUGGCAACAACUUUGACACAACAAAUGGUGCGGUGAGAGACUUGUAUGCCUGGACACAAACAGUUGAAGAUGUGGAAGUGAGAGUCACAGUGCCAGAUAAUAUAAUGAGAGGGAAGCAGAUUCACCUAGAGAAGAGUGACGAGUGCUGGUGGAACAGGCUGUUAUUCUGUGAAGAUCCAAUCGACAUGAAGAAGAUAAAUGCUGAGCGUGACUAUGCUACACUUCCUCAAGAGGAAAGACAGAAAAUUGAGGAGCUAGUAUGGAAUCAGCAGCAGAAAGACAAAGGCAAACCAACUACAGAUCAACUUAAAAUGGAAUCACUGCUUCGUGUGGCAUGGAAUGCAGAGGGAUCUCCUUUCCAGGGUAAACCUUAUGAUCCUUCAUUAAUCAACUUUACUGACGGAGGCACUUUUGGAAAUGGAUAGUUGAACUAUAAACAUGCUCUUGUGCAUGCAAUUUUUUUUUUAUCAUAGUUUCUUUCUAUAUCUGUUAUACCUUAUCCCAUCAGAAAACUUGUCUUACUGCUGUUUCAAAUUUAUGAGUAACUUUGAUUCAGAAUAAAAUUAGAAAUUUA